GCAGCAUGUGCCUAGGAUCGCUGAUGGUGUGGCCGUCAUAUACCCUUCCAAUGCUGGCCGCUUCGAACAACACCAUUCUGUCAGCACCAUUAACAGGAGCUGAAGAAGCCAUGCUGGGCAGUCUGCCGGCAGCUGGAGCGGCGGUAGGAGCGGCUGUCAUGGGAUGCUAUGAUACUUUUGGGAGAAAGAGAGCCAGUCUGGUCAUGACGCUCCUUUUUGCUAUAUCCUGGUGCACGAUAGGCAUGACCAGCUCAAUCAUGGUGGUGCUGAUGGCUCGGUUCCUGGGAGGGUUCGCGGGAGGAGCAACGAUGGUUGUCAACCCGGUGUACAUAGCUGAAGUAGUCGAGGAUGGUUCCCGCGGGAUCCUCGCUUCAGGUUUAGUUAUUCUUUAUGGCUUUGGAUCACUUGUCUCGUAUGUCAUUGGAUGGAUAUGUGAUUACACCACUAUCGCGUGGAUAAACCUUGGCUUGGCUAUCUUUCGAGGAGCGAUACUGGUGUGUGUACCAGAGAGCCCAUUGUUUUUGGUGAAGAAGAAGAAAAUUGAGGAAGCUCGCGUUUCUCUUUCUGUUUAUCGAAGGGUUCCCAAAAACUCAGCAAUGGUACAAGAAGAGUUGGCCAAAAUUAGGCAGCAGCUUUCUUCGCCUCUUGAUUCUGUUCCAUUAAAUGAGAAUGGAGAAGUAGCUGAAAUGGCAAAAUUGACAUCUGAUAUAAAAGAGAGGCCUCAACCGAGAUUCCAUGCAUUGAAGACUUUAUGUUUAUCACCAGCAUCACGCCGAGGUUUCAUUAUUUUAUUAAUGGCUUUUACUAUGGAGGUGCUAAUGGGCCUAGCACCCGUUCAGGUGUACGCCAAGCAGGUGUUCGUAGAGGCAGACCCGUACCAUGGCGAUCUGUACUCCGUGAUCCUGGCUGUGUGCUGGUGCCUAGGCAGUGUGCUGUGUAGUGCUCUCACUGACAGAUUCGGGAGACGGGUACUGCUCAUAACCUCAGCAUCAUCCUCCGGGAUAUGCCUGGUGAUCCUCGGCGCUUUACUGCAGACGCAGCUGGCGCCGCCGUGGGUGACGGUGCUCUUCAUCAUGGUGUUCUGCUUCUGUUUCUUAUGUGGCUCCGGCACGGUGCCCUAUGUGCUGAUGUGCGAGCUGUUUAGCCCUGAGGUCCAAACUCUAGCCUCCAUGCUGAUCGUGCAGUGGCUCUUCAUCUCGGCCUUCAUAAUCCUGGCCCUGUUCAAAUGGCUGAGCAGACUGGUCGGCAUCCACUACAUCUUCUACGGAUUUGCUGUCAACAGCUGCAUCUAUGUCUUGUUUAGUUACUUCGUGAUUCCAGAGACUAAGGGGCUGUCGAAUAAGCAGAUACAACAGGCGUUGCUGGAAGGGAGAUAA